GCCGCCGUAUAACGGGGAGGAGGGGAGGAAGCAACAGCGCCGGCAGGGGAAGGCAGAGCUCGGCAGUGAACAGACGCAGGCAUUGUAGCGACACACACACACACACACACGCGGGUGUGCAACACGGAGCGACCAACAUGUACGAGGAGAACGCGGCUCUGCACAGACCCCGCUAUGGAUCUAUUGUGGACGAUGAAAGACUCUCGGCAGAGGAGAUGGAUGAGAGGAGGCAUCAGAAUAUUGCUUAUGAAUAUCUAUGUCAUCUAGAGGAGGCCAAACAAUGGAUAGAAGCCUGUCUACGUGAAGAAUUGCCCCCGACCACUGAGCUCGAGGACGGACUGAGGAAUGGAGUCUAUCUUGUUAAACUUGCCAGGUUCUAUGCUCCGAAGUUGGUGCCCGAGCGAAAGAUCUACGAUAUUGAACAAACAAGAUUCAAGCGCUCUGGGUUGCAUUUUCGACAUACAGACAAUACAGUGCAGUGGCUCAGGGCAAUGGAGUCCGUUGGGUUACCAAAGAUCUUUUAUCCUGAGACGACAGACGUUUAUGAUCGAAAAAAUAUGCCCAGAGUGAUCUACUGCAUACAUGCACUCAGUCUGUACCUGUUCAAACUUGGAAUUGCACCUCAGAUCCAAGACUUGCUGGGAAAGGUGGAUUUUACAGAGGAGGAAAUCAGUAAUAUGCGCAAAGAAUUGGAAAAAUAUGGAAUUCAGAUGCCUGCGUUCAGCAAGAUUGGUGGAAUUCUGGCAAAUGAACUCUCAGUUGAUGAAGCUGAAUUGCAUGCUGCUGUGAUUGCGAUCAACGAAGCAAUAUCUCACAAGGUCCCAGAGGAGACCAUGAAGGCGUUAACCAACCCAAAUGCUGUUUUAAGUAAUAUUGAGAACAAAUUAGCGCAGGAUUAUCAAGAGAAAUUAUUUGAGGCCAAGAAGAUUAAGCAAGAAGGGAAUGCCGGAGUCAAGAGUGAUUCUGUCAAUGCCGAAGAGAGAGAGAUGUACGAGGAAUUACUGACACGCAACGAAAUUCAAGAUAAUGUCAAUAAAGUCAACGUAAAUAAGGCUCUGCAGAGGGUGAACCAAGCUCUGGAGAAACAGGAUGAGAAUGAUUUACUGUCCGGUCUGCAGGCCCCUUCACUCAGUCUUGCGGCAGUGUACCAGGAGAAUGCACCGUGGUAUCUGACGAAUCUCUACGCUGAACGAGAGCAGAAAUCACAGCAAGAGAGUUUUUCUGGUAUGCUAAACAAAGAUGAUCUUCAAGCAGGUAUCAGCCUUUCCAAUGACCAGGCCAAAGCCCAUAAACUUAAGCUUGAAGCCGUUGAAAAAAUAAAUGCUGCUAUCCUCAACAAUGAUGCAGUGCAGACUGUGACAAUGCUGAUGUUGCCAGAGGCACAGUUGCCUGGGGUGAAUCCAGACAUGCCUGACUUGUAUCAGUCGGAGCUGUCCAACCUGCAGAGGCAGAAUCCCGAGGGGAAGCUGACACACGAAGAGCUGGCAAUCGCAGUGGAGAUGUUGUCAGCAGUAGCACAACUGAAUGAAGCUCUGACCCUGAACAACAUUGAGGAAAUGAUACAGCACCUCACCAGCCCAGCUAUUGGAGUUAGCAACCUGCAUGAUGCAUACACCCAGCGCUAUGCAGACACGCUAAUGCUGCUAAAGACACAAGCUGCAGAGCAGGGGCAGGAUUACCUGAGUUGGAAUGACAUUCAGGCUUGCAUUGAAGAAGUCAACAUGCAAGUUAAGGAAGAAAGUGAACGGGUUUUUGCAGCUGACCUUAUCAAUGAUGCAGUAGAUAAAAAGGAUCCAAAUAAAACACUGGAGGCAUUAUUGACGCCAACAGCCAAAUUACAGGAAGUGAACUCCUCCAUGGCAAACCAUUACCAAGAUGUCUUGUGGGACACGAAGCAACGGAAAUGCAAGGUAUCUCAGGAUGACGGGGCAGCGUUGUGGUUGGAUGAGGUACAAGAAGCAAUCCUUUCUGCAAACCAAGACACUGAAGAUGCACAUUCCUUGGCCAUCGCAGUGUCCGAGAUUAACUCGGCAAUAGAGAAUGGGGAUUCACAGCAGACGCUAGCUGCGAUGCAGUCUGCAAAUGCCGUCACGAGAGGAGUUGUACCAGAAUGUGCCGAUACUUAUCAGAAUGAACUCUUUGAGGCAAAGAAGCAAAAGACUGGAGAAGGACCAAAUGGAAGUCUUUGGGUUAUUCACAAGAUAAAGGACAAGUAUGAGUAUUACCACAACCUGGAAAUGGCAGAAGGCACGUGGGAAAAGCCAGAGUCCAUUGUACAAAACAACACCCAGCUUAGUAGAGAAGAAAUUCAGGAUGUUACUGGCCGAAUAACAACAGACUAUCACCGGGAGCAGCUGUGGUUGGCGAAUGAGGGUCAGGUCAUCCGUCUGCAAGCAUGUGCAAGAGGCUACCUAGCCAGAAAAGCUUACAGUGAGCGGCUGAACUACCUCCACAAACAGGAACCUUCAACCAUCCGUCUACAGUCAUCUUGGAAAGGAUACAAACAGAGAAAGUCUUACAAGGGCAGGUUAAGAGUCCUGCAAGAUAACGUUGCAACUAUCACUAAGAUCCAGUCUUUUGUAAGGAUGUGGAAAGAAAGAAGAGCAUAUCGUACGCGAUGUCAGUACUUCAAAGAUCAUACGCCAGAAAUCAUUAAAAUUCAAGCAUUCCUCCGAGCAAAUAAAGCUAAAGAUGACUACAAAACGUUGAUCAAUGCAGGUGAACCCCCGUUGAAUGUUGUGCGUAAGUUCGUGCACCUGCUCGACCAAAGUGACCUGGACUUCCAGGAAGAGUUGGAAGUCACAAGAUUACGGGAAGAGGUUGUGACCAAAAUCCGAUCCAAUCAGCAACUCGAGAAGGACCUCAACCUCAUGGACAUAAAGAUUGGGCUUCUGGUGAAAAACAGGAUCACGCUGCAGGAUGUUAUUUCCCACAGUAAGAAAAUGGACAAGAAGAAUAAGGGCCAGGCUAUGGAAGUGAUUUCAAGUGACAAACAAGGGCUGAAGUCACUCAGCAAAGAGAAAAGGAAAAAACUAGAGGCUUACCAACAUCUAUUCUAUCUGCUGCAGACAAAUCCGGCCUAUUUGGCCAAAUUGAUCUUCCAGAUGCCCCAAAACAAAUCAACCAAAUUUAUGGAUACGGUCAUCUUCACCUUGUACAACUACGCUUCAAACCAGAGAGAAGAAUAUCUAUUGCUAAAGCUUUUCAAGACUGCAUUGGAAGAGGAGAUCAAAUCUAAAGUGGACCAAGUUCAGGAAAUAGUCACUGGAAACCCCACGGUCAUUAAAAUGGUGGUCACUUUUAACCGGGGUACGCGAGGGCAAAACGCACUCAGGCAGCUGCUGGCUCCCGUCGUGAAAGAAAUCAUGGAAAAUAAAACGCUGGCCAUAAAUACCAACCCAGUGGAGGUGUACAAGGCCUGGGUGAAUCAGAUGGAGAUGCAAACUGGUGAAGCCAGCAAACUACCGUAUGAUGUAACAGCGGAGCAGGCUCUGUCACAUGAAGAAGUGAAGUCAAAACUGGAAUCAUCCAUGCACAAUCUCCAGCUGGUCACCGACAAGGUUCUCACAUCCAUAUGCACGUCCUUGGAUGCCAUUCCUUAUGGAAUGAGGUACAUAGCCAAAGUUCUGAAGAGCUCGCUUCAUGAGAAAUUUCCCGAUUCCACUGAAGAUGAACUGCUAAAGAUUGUGGGCAACCUCCUUUACUAUCGCUACAUGAACCCCGCCAUCGUUGCGCCCGAUGGGUUCGACAUCAUAGACAUGACUGCGGGCGGACAGCUCCACCCCGAACAGCGACGCAACCUGGGCUCGGUGGCAAAAGUGCUGCAGCACGCUGCAUCCAACAAGCUGUUUGAAGGGGAGAAUGCCCAGAUGUCAUCGAUGAAUAACUUCUUAUCUCAGACGUACCAGAAGUUCAGGAAGUUUUUCCAGGAAGCCUGUGACGUGCCGGAGCCAGAAGAGAAGUUUAAUAUCGAUGAAUACUCUGACAUGGUGACAUUGAGCAAACCUGUCAUCUACAUCUCCAUUGAAGAAAUUAUAAACACUCACUCGUUGCUGUUGGAACAUCAGGAGGCUAUUUCACCCGAUCAUAAUGACCUAUUGCAUGAGCUCCUGGAAGGAUUAGGAAGUGUACCUGACGUUGAAACUUUGAUUGGGGAAGGUGCUGUCGACCCAAAUGACCCCAACAAAGAAAACGUACUUUCCCAACUUGCCAAGACGGAGGUCUCGCUCGCCCUGACCAGCAAGGUUGAGUUGCGAGAGGGGGAUGACACAGAUAUGAAGAGUUUGAUGAUAAAGACCAAGUGGUUGAUUGUGGAUGUGAUCAGAGCACAGCCUGGAGAAACAUUAAGCACGAUCUUAGAGACACCAGCCACCUCCCAGCAGGAAGCCAACUACUUGAAAGUGGUGGAAAUGCAUGCCCUGCAGGAUGCCAAAGUUCCGGAUAAAAUGAAACACAAUCAGUUGGACGUCGAGGAUGGGCAGCUCCCCCUCGAACAGAAAAAGAGGAAAAUCCAAAGGAAUCUGCGUACACUGGAACAAGCUGGCCUGGUCUCAGUGACGAAUAAAUACCAAGAGCUGAUCAAUGACAUUGCAAAGGAUAUUCGAAACCAGAGAAGAUAUCGGCAGCAUCGCAAGGCCGAACUUGUAAAAAUACAGCAGACUUUGAGCGCACUUAAUUCAAAAUUCAAGUUUUAUGAAGAACAGAAUAAUUAUUAUAAUACCUAUAUCAAAACGUGCCUGGACAACUUAACAAGAAAGAAUGUCAGAAGAUCAAUAAAAUUGGAUGGCAAAGGGGAAGAAAAGGGCAACAAGAAAAUGAAACAGUCAACUUUGCGAUACACGGCCGCUCGUUUGCAUGAGAAAGGCGUGCUUCUGGAAAUUGAUGGACUGCAGUCCAACCAGCUCAAGAAUGUCCUCUUUGAUAUCACGCCAAGCGAGGAAGUGGGUGAUUUUGAAGUCAAGGCCAAGUUCAUGGGAAUGGAAGUGGAAAAAGUGCAACUUCAUUUUCAGGACCUGCUGGAAUUACAGUAUGAAGGUGUGGCAGUCAUGAAGAUAUUUGAGAAGGCUAAAGUCAACGUAAACCUGCUGGUUUUCCUGCUGAAUAAGAAAUUCUAUGGGAAAUAAACAAACCGUCCACACAGGCAGCAAUCCUGACAGUCUGCCCGAAAAUCUCAAUCUUAUCGUAGUUCAAAUAAAGUAUCGUGUCCUUGCACACAAUGUCAGAGUCACAAAGGUAUUGAAGAUAUCAAUUGUUUUUAAGAAAGACAUAUCACUGUUUUCUACCAUCUAUUGUACUCUCUGCAAAAGUAGUAGUCUGUGCAUUCUUGGUAUGUUCAGAAAUUCUCAAUCGUGAUAUAUCAUUUUACAAAGAUGACACAGGAAAAUGUAAGACAAGAUUCCUGUGUUUGGAUCAUUUGCUGUUGAGUGACUAUGAUUCACUGUGUGCUUAAAUGGAUUUUUAAGAAGAUAUAAUUAAUAAAGUAACCCUGGUUUCAAAUACUUUUAGCUGGAAAAUUGCACUGGCAAUGAGGUAGAGUGUUCAUAUUCCUUUGGAGAAUCUGUUUUUAUGUUCCUUAGUCAUUGCACUAUAUCAUCCCGUUUUCCCCAUAUUCCAGAGCACUGCGCUACUAUUUACUGAGACACUGGUGGUCAAAGUGCCAGUGGCCUUUGCUGAUUUUCACUUACUACAGCGAAAAUAA